AUGAUAAAAAAUAGUUAACAUCAAAUAAAUUACUUUUGCCAUUUUCAUAGUCAAAUAAAACUACCUGUAACAGAAAAUAUAAAUAUUAAAAUGCUGGGAUUUAAUAUAAAAUCAUCUAUCUUAGUUAUAGGGAAAACAGAUGGGAAUAUUUAAAUAUUUUAAUUUAAAUUUGGGGCUUUAAAACUUAUUAAAGAAUUAUAUGGUCAGAAUUCGAUAGCUUCUAGUUUAUUGUUUACAAAGAAAUCAAAUCAAAUUAUACUUGUGAAUAAUAAGAUGUAAAUAUUUUCUGAGGUUGGUAUUGUUCGAGGAUGCCAUAUAUUUCAAAGUGAUUUGCAUAAACCAAAUUGUUUAAUACUUAAUAAAGAUGAGAAUUUAUUAAUUUAUUCUAGCAAUGAUAGAGCGAUUAGAAUGUUGAGGAAACAUAAUAAUUAAUGGAGCUUUCAUUAAAAAUUUGAAGUUUCUUACUAUGGCUAUAUCAUUAGUUUAAGUCUUAAUGAGUCUGAAAAUUUUUUAGUAUGCUUAUCGGAAUUUGAAAAUAAAAUUUUUAUUUGUCGAAGGAAUCAGGUGACAAAUAUGUGGUCGAUCUUUUAAACAAUUAAUUAUAGGGAGAGUCAAGCAUUGUAAGCUUGUUUCAUUAACGAUUCUAUCUUCAUUUUACAAUUAUACAAGGAAGAAAAUUUUCAAUUUUAUCAUCAGAAUUAAGGGAAUUAACACUUUGAACUAUUUAAACCAAUAAUUGAAGGUAAAUUAAAUAACUCACUUAAAAUUCCUUAACGAUUUCAGUUGUAAAUGAUAUAAUAGAAAUAAUGUUUAAUGUAUAGAAAAGAUAAUUGUAUCAACCUAUUAUUGAUUAAGAGCUAAGAUAGUUUUGAAUUACAAAAACUGAUUUCUCUAGUAGAUUCAAAUUUCAUCUUUCGAGCAACAAAUGAUGGUUAGUAUAUAUUAAUUUGGUAAAAAAAUUAUAAUAUACUACUCGUAUUACUUUUGAAGGAAAGUUGA